UAGACUGUGUCCUAUCAGAGACCCCCAGCUGCUCUUUGUACUGUAGCCCAACCAUCAUGCGUGAAAUUGUACAUCUGCAAAUUGGACAAUGUGGCAACCAGAUCGGCUCAAAGUUUUGGGAAGUGAUCAGUGAAGAACAUGGGAUCAAUGCAACAGGCAUCUAUGAGGGAGACAACAACCUCCAACUGGAGAGGCUCAACGUCUACUUCAAUGAGGCACAUGGUGGAAAAUAUGUGCCCAGAGCCCUGCUUGUUGACCUGGAGCCCGGGACCAUGGACAGUGUAAGAGGAAGCCGUUUUGGGGCCCUUUUCAGGCCAGACAAUUUCAUCCAUGGGAACUCAGGAGCUGGGAAUAACUGGGCGAAGGGCCACUACACAGAGGGAGCGGAGCUGGUGGAGCAGGUGAUUGACAGAGUGAGGAACGAGAGUGAAAGCUGUGAUUGCCUGCAGGGCUUCCAGCUGGUUCACUCACUGGGGGGUGGUACAGGCUCCGGUAUGGGAACCCUCAUCAUCAACAAGAUCCGAGAGGAGUACCCCGACCGCAUCAUGAAUAGCUUCAGUAUCAUGCCCUCUCCUAAAGUGUCUGAUACAGUGGUAGAGCCGUACAACGCCACCCUGUCGGUCCACCAACUCCUGGAGAACACAGACGAGACCUUCUGCAUCGACAACGAGGCCCUCUACGACAUCUGUUUCCGCACACUGAAACUGACCACACCGACUUACGGGGACCUCAAUCACUUGGUCUCCAUGACAAUGAGCGGAGUUACGACCUCCCUGAGAUUCCCCGGUCAGCUCAACGCAGACCUGAGGAAGUUAGCUGUCAACAUGGUGCCUUUCCCUCGCCUCCACUUCUUCAUGCCAGGCUUUGCCCCCUUGACGGCCCGUGGCAGCCAACAGUAUAGAGCCCUUACAGUGCCUGAGCUCACCCAGCAGAUGUUCGAUGCCCGCAACAUGAUGACGGCGUGCGACCCAAGGCGAGGGCGCUACCUCACAGUUGCAGGUGUGUUUCGUGGCAGGAUGUCCACCAGAGAGGUAGAUGAACAAAUGCUUGCAAUCCAGCAGAAAAACAGCAACUACUUCGUGGAUUGGAUCCCCCACAAUGUCAAGGUUGCCGUGUGUGACAUCCCACCCCGAGGCCUCAAAAUGGCCUCCACCUUCAUCGGCAACAACACAGCCAUUCAAGAGAUAUUCCGCCGUGUGGGUGAGCAGUUCUCCCUGAUGUUCAGACGGAAAGCCUUUCUUCACUGGUACACAGGGGAAGGUAUGGAUGAAAUGGAGUUCACGGAGGCAGAGAGCAACCUCAACGACCUGGUGUCAGAGUACCAGCAGUAUCAAGAUGCCACUGCUGAUCUAGACUGGGAAGCAGAGGAUGAAGAAGAGGAGGGUCCUUCGUCAGCAGCAACAACAAAGGUUCAGUCUCGCACGGAAGUUAAACUGGAAACAGUGACGGAAACAAUCAAAGAAUCUGUAGAUGAGUAGACGACAGGGAGCAUAAAGUGUGGUGUGUAGGUCUGACACCUCAUGGCAAGGAUGUAAAAAACGUAUGUGUGAUUGUCUGAAAAGGAACUCCUGUUUUGUAGUUUAAUUCAUGUCUGUAGUUGAUUGAAAUAGUGUUUAUUUGUUAAAAUGUGCUGUCAUAUUUACAAAAUAGUGCUUAUUGUCUCUUAUGAAUUGUUCGAAUGAUUUCUAUGCUUGCAUGUUUGUUUUUGAGGAUUGAAGUUUUUUUUUUCUUUUAUAGUAAAUAUUUAAAAAUCAUGGGAAAAUUAUUUUUGCAUUUAUAUUUGGAAGAUUUUAUGUUAUGCCUGCACUGCAUAAUCCACAGCCAUGAAAAUGAAACUGUCUGUCCAGUUCUUUUUUCAGACCUACAGUAAAUAUAGCAUUGAGUGUUUUGUAUCUAAGUUAUGAUGGCAAUUAAAAACAGUAAAACCAAA